AUGUGCAGCUCGAGCGAUAAGGAUCCCCCCGCCAACUGUCCAGAAGUGAAGGGGAUCGGAACACCAGUUCCAACUCCUGCAUGUAUGAGAAAGAAAUCUUUCUAUGAAUUCCCUUUCCUGAAAUUUCUGAAGAUUAUUGCUGAAGUUCAGUCCACACAGUUUCGGAUGACCGUCGCCGAAGACGACCUCUUUCUUGGUGUGGACCUUAGUACACAGCAGCUGAAGGGGAUCGUGCUCAACGAGAAAAAUGAAGUAGUGCUCCGACAUGCGAUUAAUUUCUCCAAGGAUUUACCGGAGUUCGAAACAAGUGAUGGAAUACUUAAACAAUCGGAUGGUUCUAUAGUGUCACCUGUAUUAAUGUGGGUGAAAGCAUUCGAUCUGCUUUUGGAUCACAUACGCUUGCGAAUACCAGUGAAGAACAUCCGUUGUGUAGGUGGUGGUGCACAGCAACACGGAACUGUCUACUGGGCUAACGGUGCUUCCGAGAAACUAGCGAAUUUAUCUCUAGGAAAGACCUUGCGCGAAGGUCUUGGACAGUCCGCGUUCGCUUUACAACUCAGCCCAAUAUGGAUGGAUUCCUCCACCGAGGAACAGUGCCAGGCCAUGCAGAAGGCCGUGAAUGGAAAAGAGAAUAUGGCACGCAUCACUGGAUCCAUAGCUCAUCAUCGUUUCAGCGGUCCUCAGAUCAAAAAGGUGUUGGAUACGAAGCCUGAAGUCUGGAACAAGUGUGAGAGAAUAUCCGUGAUUUCCUCUUUUGCCUGUUCACUAUUUCUUGGAACGAUAGCACCGAUAGAGUAUACAGAUGGCAGUGGAAUGAAUCUCAUGGAUAUUCAGCGUCAAACAUGGAGUGAUGAAUGUCUUGCCGGUGUCGACAACGGAGAUGAACAUCGUACAUCGUUGAGAGCCAAGUUAGGACCACUGGUGGAUCCGUCGAAGCCACUGGGUAAUGUGUCCAAAUAUAUGACGGAACGAUAUGGAUUCAAUCCUAACUGCAAAGUUCUUCCAUUUCUCGGAGAUAAUCCCGCCUCACUAGCAGGGUUGAACCUAGAGAACGGCGACGUUGGGAUUUCCCUUGGCACCAGCGACACGCUGUUCUUUGCAACAUCCGAGUAUAAACCAUGUGUUGAUGCACACAUUUUUAGUCACUUUUUGGGAGGACGAGAUGAAUUUAUGGCGCUGGUAUGCUUCAAAAAUGGUUCGUUGACUCGUGAAAGGAUUCGUAAACAGCUUGGUUGUCAGUGGAAUGAGUAUAGGACUAUCUUAUCAAAAACUGACACUGGAAAUAAUGGAAAUAUAGGGCUCUACUUCGAUGAGGAUGAGAUCGCUCCUCGUGUAAAAAAAGGAGAUUUUCGAUUCACGAAGAAAGAAAAGUAUUUCUCAGUGAAGGACUUUACUCCUGAGGUUGAAGCGCGAGCACUGCUGGAAGGUCAAUCUCUUUUGAAACUGCUGUACGCCAGGACAAUGGGUUGCAUUACUGGCAAAGGUCGUUUGUUUCUAACCGGAGGCGCGUCGACCAACACGGAUCUUCAACAAAUACUUUCCAAUGUGUUUGCUAUGGAUACGUACAUUAUCAAUGUUCCGGAUUCGGCAGCACUUGGAGGAGCAAUGCUUGCAAAAUAUGCAUAUUAUUCACCAUCACUGUCCUAUUACGACUACUAUAAAAAUACACGCAUUCAAAAAGUGGCCGAACCGGACCUGAAGAAGUCGAAAAUCUACGAAGCGAUGCUUCAGGAUCUUGUUGCUUUAUGCAAAUUGCUUCCUGAAAAACCUUAA